ACAAAACCUACCACAACUCACUCUUGCUGGGUACACUGUCGCUAGUAGUUUGACAAGGUCCUCCCGUUGGGGCCAGCACAGACAGUGCAGGGGACUUGGACAAAUUGUCUACUCUGCAUCACGAUGCACGCCUCGUCAACCAGCAUGCUGGGGACGACGCUACAAACACCUGAGCUGCUACUUCCCUUGCUUCUGGUGUUGUCCGUCAUGGACACAAGUAACGCGAUAGCGUGCACUAAAGGCCAGCAACUAAGUAGUGUUACCCACACCUGUGUCCCUCUCAAAACCAUGUGCCCAGGGACAGAUGGAGUAAUGUACACCUGGAUGGCUCUUGCCGGCUUGCCGACUCAUCCGCACGUGGACGAGCCCAACCGCGCGAAGAAGACCGAUCUGAGUCAAGGCCAGCAGAUGUGCAGGCGUCGAGGAUACGACGUCAUCGAUUUCGGCCACUUCACCACACCAAAGCUUGGCGUGCGUGGCUGCAUGGAAGCAUUGCUCAAAGAAAUGAUGGGACACGGAUACAGCAACCCUAUUGGCGUGUGGACCAGUUUUACGUACUCUGGAAAGCAUGUCAUUUAUAGGCACAGCCAGAAUGACAAGAAAGAUGUACAAUUUGAUACGCAUGGAACAAGCCAUCAUGACGUCAUCUGUGAAGCCCGAUGGCUUCACGCUAACAACUCUGUGUACGCCGCGGCAACACCAGCAUCGAGGCGUAUCGUAACGGAGCCUUUCGCCGAGGAAGCGUGUCUGCAGUAUGGACUUCGCCUUAUCAGCAUGGCCUGGCUGGAAGUACACGGCGAUGCACUGGUAGACCGCUGGCUAAAUACAUUAGCCCUGGAGAACAAACCCAUGCACCAUCCCUACCACGUCAGAUCCGUCGAGAUAGACGGAGAGUUGGUUCACAAAACCGUAAAGUUUACUACGGAGGGUCUGUUGUAUGAUGAUGCCGAAAGCAAUCAGCGAGCCCAAAUCCUCUGUGUCAAGUCCUGUGGGAUCGGUUUUCUUGCGCCGAACACGAGUUGUAUGUGUAACCCCCACACGUCAUAUGGUGAACAGUGUGAAAAGGCAUGCACAUGCUUGAACCAGGGCCGGUGUGAUAGCGAGGGUAAAUGCAGCUGCCGAGAAGGAUUCACCGGAGACAAGUGCCAAUUCUCCUUGUGCGAAAGUAACUGGGUGAGAAAGAACUCAGAGUGUCAAUGCAAGGAAGGAGUGUUCGGAGAGCACUGCACAGAAGUAUGCCAUUGCUUGAAUAACGGCCGGUGUAAACAGGACGGCCAAUGCAGCUGCCGGAGAGGAUUCCACGGACACCAAUGUCAAGACAAUCUUAAGACGAAAUGUCUGGGUACCAAUCAGGCAGUAUACACCUGGACAGCCCUCGCCGGUUUGCCCUGUCAUCCACACUUGGGCGAGAGCAACUGCCACGAGAAGACCAAUCUGGCACAUGCACGCCAGAUGUGCCAGAGAAGAGGGUACGACGUGCCGGAAUACACCGCCUUCCUCUCGCGCAAGCUCAACGUGCGUGGCUGCAUGGAAGGAUUGCUCUUGAGGAUGAUGGUCAGCACCUACAGAAACCCCAUCACCAUCUGGACAUCGUACGUCGAGCAGCAUCAACAUCUCGUCUACCUGCAGAACACAAACGGCGACACACAAACAAUACUUGAUCCUCAUGGAUCGCAGCAUCACCAUGUCGUCUGCGAAGGCAAAUGGCUUCAAGUGAAAAGUGCGACGUACGCAAUGGCACAGCCCGCCCAUCAGCCCAUGGUCACAGUGGACUUUGCCGAGGAAGCCUGUCAGCAGUACGGACUGCAUCUGGUAACUGAGGACUGGGUUCAGAAGCACGGCCGUCGUGUACUGCCAAUGCGCUGGGCACUUCCGCUGUCUCUGGAGCCGCACACUCCUUAUCACCUUGCACCGACACUGGUCAACGGACAGCAGCGUCACCGCACUGUUACAUUUGAAGAGGAUCAUAGCAAGCCAACAUUUGCACACGGCCCGGGCGACGGCAAAGCGGACAUCUUCUGUUUCAAUUACUGUGGUGGUGGUGAAAUUGAAGAGGACCUCAGUUGUACUUGUGACCGAUCCGUGUACUAUGAUAAACAUUGUGAAAAACCGUGCCAGUGCUUGAACCAGGGUCAGUGCGACGACAAUGGUGCAUGCUCCUGCCAAGAAGGAUUCACCGGAGACUAUUGCCAGAAGCUAAUCAACGAGACGAACAUUGUCCCCUGCAAUCUACCUACGGUGCCCAUGAAUAUUACAACGUACACACCAACCAUUACCCCAAACACUACACUCGUCCACACAAAUAAACCAUACAUCACACCCACCACUGCCUCAGCCGAAACACCCACGGACGCCGCAACCACCACACCGGCCACGGCCCCAACUCCAACCACCUCGGCCAGGUUCAUCUCUUACAGUCAUCCCCCGACUACUACACCGGCUACCACAGUCACUCACCGAACACCCGACGAGGAGUCGGCCUCCACCAAUUCAGGCUCUGGCGAUGACAGCCCAGUGCCCACGACCACCGCAACCAAAGCACACGAGACUACCUCGGAGAAUACCGCACCCACAGUGCACGCACUGACUACAUCUAGCAUAACACACACAAAUACCGCAACCACCGCAUCCUCCAAUACCACAACUACCUCAACCGAAACACCCACGGAUGCCGCAACCACCGCAUCCGCCACAACCACCAAAUCCAACACUGUCUUCACCAAAACGCCCACGGAUGCAGCAACCACUAUAUCUGCUGCUGCCACCACCACCACGCCCUACAAUACCUCCACACGAACUUCAUCAAAACACCCAGGAACCACUGAUGCUGCUACCACUGAUGCUGCUACCACUGCUGCUACCACAGAUGCUGCUACCACUGAUGCUGCUACCACUGCUGCUACCACAGAUGCAGCAACCACUUCUGUGCCAACCACUGCUGCAGCAACAACCACUUCUGCAGCAACCACUGAUGGCGCAACCACUUCUGCGGCAACCACUGCUGGAGUAACCACUGAUGCAGCAACUACUGAAUCACCAACCACCAAGGCAGUAACUACCAAGGCAGAAACCACUAAUGCAACAACUGCUGCAGUAGCAACCACUGCAGCAGCAACCACUGCUGCAGCAACCACUGAGGCAGCAACCACUUCUGUAGCAACUACUGAUGCAUUAACCACUGAUGCAUUAGCCACUGAGGGAGCAACCACCGAAGCAGCAACCACCGAGGCAGUAACCACCGAGGCAGCAACCACUGAGGCGGCAACCACUGCACCCGCAUGCGAAUGCUUGAACCGUGCUCGGUGUAAUGAGAAUGGCACCUGCACGUGUCGGAAAGGAUUCUACGGCGACAAAUGCCAGUACUAUGUGAAGGAGGUCUGCAAUGGCAGAGAUCAUUACAGAUACUUCUACAUCCCGCUGACAGUAAUCUGCUCCGGCGGAUGCGACAAGAGGGCAGGACUCACGUACGGCCAUAGCCAGUGUCUGGAUAGGGGCUACGUGCUCGCCGACGAACGUGCCUUCAUGAACAAAGCGUUGGACAUUCAGGGCUGCUUCGAUGGCAUGCUGGUCGACAUGAUGCACCACGGCUACUCCACGCCAGUGAACAUCUGGACUCUGGGCUGGGCGCGGCACUACAUCUACACGCACUCCCUGCUAGGCGGCCGAGCUAGCCACAAGCCCGCGGAUGCCAGCAAAGCCGACACUGUCUGUCAUGCCGCUUGGCGUUAUUCCAGAUCAGGACCCCUGGCAGUCGCAGCCCUCAUCAUGCAUCACUUCCAGCGUGAAACGUUGCCCACUGCCGAACGUCUGUGUUACUGGUACGGCCUGCACAUCCCGACGAAAACGUUCCUCUUGAAGCACGAGGCCGAACUGAGACCACUCUUUGCGAGAACCGAAAUGCGCAGAUUCCCCGGCCCCUACUACGCAACAAGUCAUGCUGCUCAGCCUAACCAGCCGCGUGUACAGAACAAGGUUACCUUCGACGUUAGCACACUCGCACCGAAGAUCGAGGAUGACUCACAGCAUCCCGGGUACAGUUCCGUUCUCUGCGUCAAGCACUGUGGGAACGGCAUUGUGGAAGAUGACAAGGACAACACGUGUAUCUGCGACUGGGGAUGGACUGGCCCUACCUGCGAAGAACAAACCGCUGUCCGCAAGGAAUUUAACAUCACGAAGAAUGGCAAGAAGAUCGCAACAGAUGUCGAGGUCCAUGCAUGUAACGGCUGGGUGUACUUCGACGCGGAGAAACAUGCGGUCAAUAACUGCACUCGUGAGUCGCAGCAUUUCGAUUACUCCGGACCUUUCAGCAUGGAGAUUUACGAGAGCUACCCGAUUGUUCGCGCAGCUGUCGACAAACUCCUGCGCGUAGCUGGUACGAACAAGCUCAUUAUCUACGUCAAUGGGCUCGACGGAUAUGGUCGGAUUUCUAACCAUUACCGCACGUUUACCUACCACAGCAAAACCGACAGAUGGACUAACCGCAUCAACCUUCAAGCCACCAGAGGUCUCGUUGUUUGCACAACUGAGGUACUCACCUCGUAUUCAGAUUCGACACACACCUGUGGCGGCGAGCAGUUCUUCGUCUCAGCCGACAACUACGACUACAAUAGUGCCUUGAACCUGUGCGAAAAACAAAACAAGGUCAUGCUCACCUUCAACUCGAUGCGUGUGCUGAUGGAGGGCAACGGUUGCUUCAGUCUGGACAUUGUGGAAACUCUCAAGGCUAAGGGGCACGGUGACUUCUGGAUUUCCAAGUUUGGCGACUACAACAAGUAUGAGGUGUACGAGCCCACACAGGCCACGCUCCUUCAAGACAAGUCCGGCGAGCAUGCAGUCAUUUGCACACAACCCAACAUGGACACAUGUGGAUCUGACGAUGGAUUCAAUCCUUGUGGUAGCCACAAGAUUUGUCGUUCCACAGACCUUGCCACCCACAAGUGCCACGAUACAAAUGCCACCGUGGACGUAGUCAAGCACGAGCAUGGAGGAGGGCUCGUGAAAUACACGAUUGGCUACGAAUUGGCCGGUGGCGACAUCAGCUACACCGAUGCAAAGCAUGCAUUCGCAAAGUGCAAGAAAGGCAACGAAUAUGCCCACUCCGAUCCGUUCCGAAUGGAAGAGUACACCGAAUCUCCAGCCGUUGCCAACACUGUGAACACCCUCCUCAGUGGAAUCUCUGCCACAAUCCCAGUGUACGUACGCAGCUUGGUCAACCCCGCCGAUGCGGGGAGCGGUGUACAACGUGGAGAGUUCCGCACCUUCCAUUUGGCCCCACACCCGACCAACUCGCUCAGCAGCCCUGUGCCAAGUACUGGCGUUUCCAUCUGCACUUGGAUUUUCAAACAUCCUCCCAAAACUCAGCUACUGGAGGACUUUGUCGCCGAGUCCACGCAUACCUGCAUGGGAGCAGACUUCCACGUCUCCGCCAACAACUUUACAUUCGAUGCCGGCACAAGCUACUGCAGAAGCCAAGGGAAGAUCAUGCUCACGUUUAACACACUGCGCCUGGUCUCGCAGAACAACAGCUGUUUCCGCGAAAGUGUCAUCCGAACUCUCCGCAAUAAGGGACAAGAUAAGUUCUGGGUCUCUAUGGUUGGCUUCUAUGAUAUGAACGAGGCGUACGACCCAGUGGCCAAUGAGGUGCACUACGACGAGGGAACGAAUGCGGUCGUCUGCCACCGAGACAACUUGGACACGUGUUCGACUUGGACUAAUAGACCUUGCUCCUCGGAAAAGCUGUGUCGUUCGACCAGCUUCACUACCCAAGUGUGCCAUGAUACGAUUAUUCAAAGGAACAUCAACAAAAUGGAGCAUGGAAAGAUUGUAAAAUACUCGGUCAUCUACCAGAUGUUGCGAGGAACCCUCAGAUACGAGUCUCCAUCUCAGGGAAUUGAAACAUGCCGACUAAAUCAAUUUUCCCAUUCCCAUACCGUUGCUCACCCCUUCCGCAUGGAGGAGUACGCCUCAUAUAACGACGUCUAUCUUGCCGUCAACAAGAUGCUCCAGGCGAUCGGAGUAGGCAUCGACGUGUUCGUCCACACCGUUGCUCACACACCACCGCUUAACGGCGUAUACCGCACUUUCCGGUACACGCCAGAAGGGGGCAUGACCAACGUGCUCACCAAGCCCGUUCCCAAACAAGGCGUUGUCAUAUGCACCUCGCUUCACCCUCAUGCUUACUUGUAGGCGAGGACAAGUAAACUGAUCAGUUCAGCUCAGCUUUUGCUUAUAUUUCAUCCCAUAACAAUUUAAAACAAUACAUCCCUGUCAUUUUGCCAUUUUUUCUCAAGAGAGCUCGGUCAACAAUAAUGUUUGGCUUGCGUUUUCCAAUGACAACUGUUUGAACAUGAAGAACAGGGAAAUCAGCCGCAAACUCCAGGCUUCAUUUGCACCGACAUGCUAUUACUCAAUGUGCUUAAUGUGCUCAAUUUGCUUACUCAAUUACUUGUGCUUUCAGACCCUUUUGUCAUAAACAUCUGUGUGCCACCUUGGCCGUUUUUUUCCCUCAUUUUCCAUGCUGCCCUUGUGCUCCUGCGGCUUUUCACCAGGGGGUACUGAAAAUACCAACGGUAUUUUACGACAUGUAGUACGUGUACUCUCUGCUUUUUACCACCCCGCUUUGAUAAACGCACUGCUAACCACUCUGAUCAGUAAACUGAUCAGUUCAGCUCAGCUUUUGCUUAUAUUUCAUCCCAUAACAAUUUAAAACAAUACAUCCCUGUCAUUUUGCCAUUUUUUCUCAAGAGAGCUCGGUCAACAAUAAUGUUUGGCUUGCGUUUUCCAAUGACAACUGUUUGAACAUGAAGAAUAGGGAAAUCAGCCACACACUCCAGGCUUCAUUUGCACCGACAUGCUAUUACUCAAUGUGCUUAAUGUGCUCAAUUUGCUUACUCAAUUACUUGUGCUUUCAGACCCUUUUGUCAUAAACAUCUGUGUGCCACCUUGCCCGUUUUUUUUCCCUCAUUUUCCAUGCUGCCCUUGUGCUCCUGCGGCUUUUCACCAGGGGGUACUGAAAAUACCAACGGUAUUUUACGACAUGUAGUACGUGUACUCUCUGCUUUUUACCACCCCGCUUUGAUAAACGCACUGCUAACCACUGUCGUCCACAUGUAUCAAAGGAGGCGAAAUCGCCUGUUUGUGGUGCGACGUUAAAUAAACUUCUACAACAACAACAACAACCACUCUUAGGCCUGCAAAGAACACGGUCAUCUCUCCCACUAAUCGAGACUUACACACUGAUUUUCGCGCCUUUGGGCUUUAACCAUUAUCCCAGGAAUGUGACCGUAAGGGAGCAUGAAUUAAUAAACUUCUUCAC